AAUUUAGUUUGUUGCAGAGUUAAAAGAUGUCUCUGGGGAAGUUGACAGUUCUCGACGGUGUUUGCGGAUUUGGAGAAACUAAGGUUGUAGAGGCUGAUGAGAAAGACCAUGUUCUAAUAGUUCAGGACUCAAAGGUGAUUACGAUAAAGCUGUUGGAUGCCAGCGUAAUCAACACAUGGUUCCCUACUGCAAUCCAGUUUAUUAAGUCCGCCGCUAGAUGUCAGGAUGUAUUUGAAAACUGUAAUACUGUAAUUGCUUUCGACUCAUCAAAAAUCGCUCUGGCGAACGAACUCAGCUCAAAAAUAACUGAUUUCCACAAAGGCACAUUAAAAAAGAAAAUAUUCAGCCUCCAUCCUCGUAAACGCGACCACAUAGUCGUGUUCGAGGAUGGUAGUGUGGGUUCCCUGAAGAGGCUGCUGGAGGACGACGAGGCCGAGUAUCCCGCCGGGAUCCUCAGGCCGGGAGAGAAGUUGUUGAGUGUGAAACUGUUUGAUGACGACAUCUCCUCCUACAUUAUCUUUACCAUUGAGAAGGAAUGGUGUCCAGUGAAUGAGAAAAAGAUGGAAAAGAAAAAGAAUAAGAAUACGAUAGAGACCGAAGUAGAGAUAAUGGAGAUAGAUGAUGAUAGUGAUGAAAAUAUUGAAACUGGAAAUAAAAGUAAAGAAAAACAAAAAGAUGCCAAAUCUUCAAAUCUAGAAAAAUCCGUGAACCAAGGAGAACAGAAGAAUAUAGUUCUUCUUAAAUGCAGGUUCAGUUUGACAGGAGAUGAGGAUGGAGUAGUGCUCACUAUUAGAAGAAUACUAAAUCUAGGGGACAGAAGUCAACUUUUUUCUUGGGAUGUGUUUGUUGGAAAUGAACCUUAUAUUCUUAUUUGGAAAAAAUCUGGUGAGAUCUUGCAAAGUGUUGGACUUGAGGUUUUAAACUGGAGAGUUAUUCUCAGAAUUCCAGAAAUUGACGACGCUUCAAUCCUUGGUCUGUCAACGUUGUUCUGUGCUCUCAUGUACUCACAAGAGUCUACAGAUGGAGGAGUACUGCAAAUACUAUCAAUACCGUUCAAAAUCUUCUCGGAGCCAAAGAAACUGAAAACAAUUGUUCACAGAGGUGAAGGAUUGCAUUUCGUGAACGGUAAUCUUUUCACCGUUGGCGGAGGGAGGAUUGCCUUUACUCCUGUAACUGAUCUCAACAAAACAUUUGAUUUAUAUUUAGGCGCAGCGUUAAAGAAUCGAGAGCUUGAGAAUGUGUUUCCAGAUUCUCCAAUUUCUCUCUACACCCGGGUUUCUUUAUUGCUGAAGGAGGGGAAAUUGACGGAAAUAGUUGAGUUGUUGAGGACUGCCCAGGAUAUACCUGAGGAUCUUCUUGUGGACUUCCUGGAGGUCAUUAGUAAACCUGGACCUAACAAACAUGGGGAGGAGGAUUUGCAGCAGAUGGUUAGUAUUCUACUAAACAGAGAAUACUCUACUGAUUCGUUGAAAGGGGAGCUCUCCAGGCUAAAUAUUGAACAGGUGAUCAAUAUAACGGAAUAUGUUUGCUCUAUACUGGCUGAGGAUGUUUCAGCCAUAAAUCCUGAUCUUCAAAGAAGAGUGGCUAAAUGGGUUGAAAUUGUGAUUGUACAAUUCUUUAUACAAUUGGUGAUAUCAAGGGAUGAGCGUAUCCUAAACCUUGUGUCGAGGUUGUUGGGUGUAAUGCGGCAGCAGGAGAAGUGGGUCAAGAUGUACACCAACCUUCAAAGUCUUCUCUUCAAUAUGUUCUGCUUGGAGGAGGAAGAGGAGGAGGGCUUACCUUACAAUAUCACAAUAUUAGAUCUUUAAUCAGAGUAAAAGAUUUCACACAAACUAAAUUUGUUAUCUAUAUUUUUUUUCAGA